CAGAUUGGAGUUUCGUGCGUCACCCCACCGAAGUGUGGCCACCUUGCGCUGCCGUUUUCUCAACAAUUCGCAUGAAAUUCAAUAUUGCAAGAGUGCACGUUCCAUUAGACCAAUCCGCAUAGUUAAUGGUUUAGUUAAGUUAAGUUAGCGAACAUGCUGGACAACGACACCAGCAACAACAACAACUGCAACCCACUGAAACUGCCACUGGGCGACUUGAAGUUUGCGCUUUCUGGAAAGGAUGGGGUGCGCAGGCAUGUUCCGGCACUGGACGAGCAUUGGGUGCGUCGCGAGAAGCCCUUCGGCAGCUACCUGUGCCAGAUGAGCUCCUACGGUCGCCUGAAAUCCGGAGCAGCGCUGGAGGAGUGGAGCUUUGCGGCCAACAACUGUCGCCAGGACAUGGAGUUCCUGCUGAGCCUCAGACAGCACGAGUUCUGGUCCUACAUGGUCUACGAGGAGUCGGCCAUGGCGGCCAUUGUCACAUUCCUGCAACGCGCCAAUCCCUACUACAGACAACAAUCGGAGGCGGAGUCGUCCGGCCGGGACAAGGAGCUGGAGCAGGCCCACCUGCUGUACGGCCAGCUGCUCGAUCUCGUCGUCCGCCUGGUGAUGCGGCUGUGCACCGCCGAGGAGUCGGACACGGAGUGGAUCAGCCCGCAGCAGCACAGCAGCCUGCUGUACACCAACUACCUGGUGUCGGUGCCCAUGCUCUUCGAUCUGCUCAUUGCCGUGGGCGAUGCGGAGCCCGCCAAUGUGGAGCUGCUGCGCCAGAUCUUCGAGAAGGUGCUGCGCCAGCAGCCCGAGUACCGCAAGGAUCUGAACGAGGCGCUGGCCUUCUACGAGAGCGCCUUCCUCAGCAUGCAGAUCCAGGUGGAGAACGAGGGCUGUGAGGGCGCCGGCGGCGGGGCGCCCCUGGAUGCGGACCUGGAGACGCCCUACGACGACGUAGUGCUCUUCGCCAUGGACUGCGCCUACACGCUGCGUCUGCUGCUGCUUCUCUGUCCCGAGCUGCUGGAGACCAUCGAGCAACUGCGUUUGGCUCAGAGCAUUGCCAAUUUCUAUGACAUGACGGUGCCCAUGCUGUACAAGAACAUCUACAUGGUCAAUCCGGGGGCCAGCUCGCUGCGCUGGCUGAACGAGACGCGCCAGCAGUUCCUCAGCGUCGUCCGUCGCCUGGUCAGCCUGCAAAUGGAGGCGGGACGCGGCCAGCAGCUGGUGGAACUGCUGCAGGAGUGCCUCUCCGCCCAGACCUUCGUGGUGGACUACCAGCGGCAGUAUCCGCUGGAGCACGACAUGGCGAUGCUACUGCAACGCUGCCCGAAUAUCAAGAACUACAAGGUGGACUUUGUGAUAGCCGGUUACCAGAAGGCGCUGAGCAGCUGUCCCGGCGGCAUCAUGGCCGACGACAUGGCCCUGGACAACCUGGUGGACACCGAGGAGGAGGACGACGAGUUCGAUGACGAGGACUCCUCGCGCACCUCACCACUGCCGACGAUGACGACGACGACGACGACGGCGGCCAACGGAGCCGCCAGGGACCUCGACCUGGAGGUGACCGCCGUGCUGGACGUGCUGCCCGAUCUGGGCAGGGGCUUCAUCCGGCGCCUGCUCACCCGCUACGAGAACAGCGAGCAGGCCAUUGCCGCCAUUCUGGACGACAACCUGCCGCCGGAUCUGGCCCAGAUGGACCGGCAGGAGGUGUACGUGCCGCCCGAUCCGCAGGACAAGCUACAGCGUCGCACGGGCGUGCGCCACUUCAAUGUCCACGACGGCGAUCGCUACGAUGUGCUGACGCGCGACCAGCCGGAGUGCAUCAUAAAGCAGGGCAAGGGCCUGCCCGGAGCGCCGCGCAAUGCGGAGCAGCUGCUGGACGACAAGCGCGACCUGGAGCAGCUGAAGGAGCGCUACCAGCAGUAUGCCAUGGUGGAGGAGACGCCGCUGGAGAGCGGCGAAUAUGACGACGAGUACGACGACAGCUACGAGGCCCUGAACGAGGGUCAGGCGCCGCCGGUGAGCCUGCUGCGGGCCAGGCUCCAGGGAGCCGCCUCCAACUCUGCCUACGAGGCCCAGGAUCAGGUGGAGGACGACGACGACGACGAGGAGAGCUCCGGCAGCGGAUCCGAGGCGGAGACGGCCAAGCGCAACGGUCGGGACUUUUGCGAAAAUCCGGAGGUGAUACGCGCUCGUUACCAGCAACGCCAGAUGGCCAAGUACGGACAAAGAAAUGGUGGAGGAGGAGGAGGAGGCGGAGGUGCUGCUGCUGCUGUAGUGGGAGCACCCAAGGGCCAGGGCCAGUCGCAGCAGACGCAACGCAACCGCGGCCAGAAGGAGGCCCACAAAUCGUCGCGUGCCAACCACAAUCGCAAAGCUGGAGCGGCAUUCAAGCGCAGCAAGGGUAUGAUAGGCUAGAGGAAAUCCAGUUGUGGAGGAAAAACAAAUAAAUAGAUAUUUAUACUAAGUAUAUUUCACCAA